AUAAAUCUGUCAUUUUCAUAAAGGUAAAUUUAGUCAUUGUAUCAGAUCAUGGAAUGUCUGACACAAAUCCUACAAAAGUUACCUACAUAAAUAUAGACAGAGUGAUUAAAUUAGACGAUAUUGAGAUGAUGUUGGAUAAGGGUUCCCUUUCCAUGAUUAAACCAAAAGAGAAUAAAUUAGAUGAGAUAAUAAAUGAUUUUAAAAAAGCCAAUAUUCCUGGUCUUCAUGUGUUUAAGAAAGAAGAUAUUCCAAACCACUAUCAUUUCAAAAAUCAUAAUUUAGUGCUUCCAAUUUUAUUAAUGGCUGAUGAAGGAUAUUACAUAAAUCCAAUAAAUGAUACAUUGAAAAUGAUACCAUCAUCCCUCAAAGAAUAUUUAGGAUUUCAUGGUUAUGAUCCAUAUAGAAAAGACAAAACUGACAUGAGAGGAAUUUUUUAUGCUAGAGGACCAAACUUUAAAUCAAAAUUUGUCAACCCACCAGUUCAAAUGACUGAUCAUUAUAAUAUAUUUUGUCAUAUUUUGGGAAUUGAACCUAUACCUAAUAAUGGAUCUUGGGACAGAGUUAAAGACAUGAUAUACAAUAAUGGAUAUUCAGCUUCAAAUAAUCCUUUAUUAAUUUUGUUGACUAUAGGAGGCAUAAUGUUUAUAUAUAAUUUGCUGUAAUAAUCAAAGCUGUAAUUAAUUGGACUGUUUUUCACUACUAUUAAUAAUUACAUAAAGUAAUUUGACACUAGAUGUAGGCAUUAGGUGCCAUCUCUUAUUAAAU